AUGUCCUCAACGUCAUCGCUUGGGGGUUUGUGCCCUCAACCGUUUCUACAGGAAACGCUCUUUCCACUGGAUGGCGGAUUUGUUGGCGGGCGGUUUUGCUUGCCAUUGUCGACACUUCAACCAAAUUUGACCUGUUGCUUACCAUGCCCGUUAACCGACUGGACGUACUCGGAUGGCUUUGAAGCUCGCACCGAAAUCGCAAACUGGGUCAAUGUGGCGGCCUUUGUACUAUCAGUAUAUCUUCUCCUAUCUUUCGCUGUUCUCCCAGUCAAGUACACCCAUAGACACUACCUAAGUGUCUGCCUUACACUGGGAGUGGUAUUUAUCGAGCUUGGUUUUAUUAUUCCAUUGGGUACCAAACCAGCACAAUGCUUCAACGAAAUUACUCCCAACGACAUGAAGUCCAGCGGCUCAUGCGCCAUCAGCGGUGCGUUCUUGUUGUUCGGCGGUUGGGCCGUCGUCAUAUGGGUCUUCUGCAGGGCCCUCGCCCUCCAUCUCCAGAUCUGCUGGGAAGUCACUCUCGGCAACCUGUCCUUCUAUGUGAUGCUGGCGUUCGGAUGGCUGAUCCCCAUCGUUGGUCUGGCAUUGACGCUGAGUCUGACUGGUGUAUCGUUCCGCUUCGGGAACGUCUGCCACAUCAACCACAAAGAUGCCUUGCAAGAUUAUUGGGGUCCAUUGCUGGCUUUUGCGGCUUUAGCCCUGGUCCUUCAGUUCAUCACGAUUGGCUACUGCGUGCAAGUCUAUAUCAAGAGUCUCUUUGACGAACAGCAGACGACAAAUACCAGCUCUCAACCACCGACCUAUAAUGGCAGCAUGAAGACAAUGACUGCCAGGCAGACGUAUCGCCGAGUCAAGAGGGUCGUUGAGCUCCAAUGGCGUGGCGCCAGCAUUGUCCUUGUCAUCAUUGCCGAGGUUGUGUUCUUUUCGGUUGUCUUCGUGUCGAUGGACAACAGUACCCAGCUCAAUGCUUCUCUUGUGGCAAAGGCGAAGCCUUGGCUGGCCUGCUUGUCAGAGAAGGGUGGUGACAAGAACCAGUGUCUGCCUCUGGCGAGUGGCUUGGUCAAGUCCGAAGCGGUUGUUCUGACUGUUCUGAUCCUUCUUGGGCUGAGUGGGUUCUGGUGCUUGAUGUUCAUGGGCAGGUGGUCCAUGACCCAUGGCUGGGCAGAAUUCUUCCGUACGAAGCUGUUCCGGAAGAGCGAGUUUGUCUCGGCUGAUGCCAGACGAUUGUCGAACGAUCCUCGUACGUACGAAAUGCUGAGCGCAGCAACGCCCCAACUGAACAUCCAACCUCCAGAUCGAGCUUUGUCUGGUCCAAGAAUGAAGGAGUUCGAACACGCGGAUGCGAAGCAGGACUUCUACGCCUCAGCCCGAACCUAUGUCACUCCUGUAUCGAGCUUUUCCCAGCCUAAGGCGCCUAUCCAGCACAGAGACUGGGAUCCGAGGGCAACACAUGCACGUCCUAUGACGACCCAGGAGUUCGACUGGAAGAUAUCACAACUCCCCGAUUGA